AUGAUAUUUGCUUUGUGGAUGAGUGACCAAGCAGCAAAGAACGGCUUAAUUUCUGAGCCAAGCAAGGCUGCAGCCACGGUUGAGACAAAGCCAAAGAAGAGGAUAUGUUGUGCUUGCCCUGAUACCAAGAAGCUGAGAGAUGAGUGCAUCGUCGAGCAUGGUGAAUCGGCUUGCACUAAAUGGAUCGAGGCUCAUAAGAUGUGUCUACGAGCAGAAGGCUUCAACGUCUGA